UAAACCCUAAACCAAAACCCUUUGAUUCAUUCAAAAGAAUGAACAAACGAAGCCUAAAGACUCUUCUUUAUCACUCAAUUUCAUCUCUCAUUUACCCUUCAAAAUCACCCAUUUUCAUUUCCCAUUCACUCAAUCUUUCCCGCCAAAAUCUGUUCUCUAUCUUCACCCGAUUCAUCUCCGCCUCUUCUCCCUACAAUCUCCCCGGAUUGGUAGACCCAGACGACCCCGUUUUGGCCGAGGCUUCGCAGGUCGAGUCCGUUUCUGCGGAGGAAUUUGGGUUUCUGCGGGACUCUUUGAUGAGUUCAGAUGCUAAUUCGGUAGCACAGUUCGAUGCUGGUAAGUGCUCUAACGACGCCGUUUUGAUUGCUAAUACGAUAUUGGGUGAUAAAGAUGGGUUUAGUGAUAAAACCCAGCAGUUUCUUAGGCAAUUUAGAGUGAAAUUAAGUGAAUCAUUAGUGGUUGAUGUGUUGUAUUUGAUUAAAAACCCUGAAUUGGGUGUUAAGUUUUUUAUUUGGGCGAGUAGGCAAAUUGGGUAUUCGCAUACUAUGCCUGUGUAUAAUGCAUUGUUGGAGCUAAUUGAAUGUGAUCAUAAUGAGAGAGUGCCGGAAGAAUUUUUGCGGGAAAUAAGAAAUGAUGAUAGGGAAGUGCUUGGGAAGUUGCUUAAUGUGUUGAUUCGUAAAUGUUGUCGAAAUGGGUUGUGGAAUGUCGCUUUAGAGGAGUUAGGGAGGUUGAAAGAUUUUGGGUAUAAGUGUACACGAGUGACUUAUAAUGCAUUAAUUCAAGUGUUUUUAAGAGCAGGGAGAUUAGAGACGGCUAAUUUGGUUCAUAGAGAGAUGUUGGAUGCAGGGUUUAGUAUGGAUGUUUUUACUUUAGGUUGUUACGCGCAUUCCCUUUGCAGAGCAAGGAGGUGGAGGGAAGCUUUAACAUUGAUUGAGAAGGAAGAGUUUGUGCCGGAUACAGUACUUUAUACGAAGAUGAUAUCUGGGUUGUGCGAAGCUUCACUUUUUGAAGAAGCUAUGGAUUUUUUGAACAGAAUGCGAGCUAGUUCUUGCAUUCCUAAUGUUGUGACAUUUAGGAUUUUGCUUUGUGGGUGUUUGAGGAAAAAACAACUUGGCAGAUGUAAAAGGAUUCUCAGUAUGAUGAUUUCAGAAGGUUGUUAUCCGAGUCCUAGGAUAUUUAAUUCCCUUGUUCAUGCUUAUUGUAGGUCAGGAGAUUACUCUUAUGCCUAUAAGUUACUUAAGAAGAUGGUCGAAUGUGGAUGCCAGCCAGGUUAUGUGGUUUAUAAUAUAUUGAUUGGCGGCAUUUGUGCCAAUGAGGAGUUGCCUGGUCCCAAUGUGUUGGAUUUGGCUGAGAAAGCUUACAGUGAAAUGCUUGAUGCAGGGGUUGUCCUAAAUAAAAUCAAUGUAAGUAAUUUUUCUCGGUGUCUUUGUGGUGCUGGAAAAUUUGAGAAAGCUUAUAGUGUUAUUCAUGAAAUGAUGAGUAAGGGAUUUAUACCUGAUACUAGUACAUAUUCCAAAGUAAUCAGUUAUCUAUGUGAUGCCUCUGAAAUAGAAAAGGCUUUUUCAUUGUUUGAAGAAAUGAAAAGAAAUAGUUUAGUUCCUGAUGUCUAUACAUAUACGAUAUUAAUUGAUAAUUUUUGUAAAGCUGGCCUUAUUGAACAGGCUCGAAACUGGUUUGAUGAAAUGGUAAAAGAAGGUUGUGCUCCAAAUGUGGUAACUUAUACUGCUCUUAUACAUGCUUACCUUAAAGCAAGAAAGUUGUCCUGUGCAAAUGAACUUUUUGAGACUAUGCUAUCUGAGGGUUGCAUUCCUAAUAUUGUCACCUUUACAGCUCUGAUUGAUGGCCAUUGUAAAGCUGGGCAGAUUGAUAAGGCUUGCCAGAUUUAUGCUAGAUUAAGGGGUGAUGUGGAAAUUCCGGAUGUAGAUAUGUAUUUCAAAGUUGUUGACAGCGACAUCAAAGAACCAAAUGUUUUUACACAUGGAGCUUUGAUAGAUGGUCUGUGCAAAGCUCACAAAGUGAAAGAGGCGCAUAACUUAUUGGAUGCUAUGUCUGCGGAAGGUUGUGAGCCAAACCAUAUUGUGUAUGAUGCUCUAAUUGAUGGAUUUUGCAAGGUUGGGAAGCUUGAGGAAGCACAAGUGGUGUUUUCCAAGAUGUUAGAGCAUGGAUACAGUCCAAAUGUAUAUACCUACAGCACUUUGAUUGACAGAAUGUUUAAGGAUAAGCGAUUGGAUCUUGCCUUAAAAGUCUUGUCCAAAAUGCUAGAAAAUUCUUGUGCUCCUAAUGUUGUUAUUUACACAGAGAUGAUUGAUGGCCUCUGUAAGGUUGGAAAGACAGAUGAAGCCUAUAAGCUUAUGUUGAUGAUGGAAGAAAAGGGUUGCUAUCCAAAUGUUGUGACUUAUACAGCCAUGAUAGAUGGUUUUGGGAAAUUGGGUAAAAUUGACAAAUGCCUUCAGCUAUUUAGAGAAAUGAGUUCAAAAGGUUGUGCACCAAAUUUUGUCACGUAUCGGGUUUUAAUAAACCAUUGUUGUGCUUCUGGUCUUCUAGAUGAGGCUCACAAACUUUUGGAAGAGAUGAAGCAAACAUACUGGCCUAGGCAUGUAGCAGGCUAUCGUAAGGUUGUUGAAGGUUUAAGCAGAGAGUUCAUAGCCUCACUUGGGCUUUUAGAUGAGAUGGACAAAAAUGAUUCAGUACCAAUCACUCCAGUUUAUAGAAUUCUGAUUGAUAACUUUAUAAAAGUUGGAAGAUUGGAAUUGGCUUUAGAGCUGCAUGAAGAGAUGGCAUCAUAUUCAUCAAUUUCGGCUGUGAACAAAAGUACGUAUGUUUCAUUAGUUGAGAGUCUCUCCCUCGCAGGUAAGGUUGAUAAAGCUUUUGAGUUGUAUGUAGACAUGACAAGAAAGGGUGGUGUUCCAGAGCUGAGCACGUUUGUUCAUCUAAUUAAAGGGCUAAUUAGAGUUAACAGGUGGGAAGAUGCCCUUCAACUGUCUGAUGGCAUAUGCCAAACGGAUAUUAAUUGGCUUCAAGAAGACGGAUCUAGGUCAACCUAGGAUUUUCGUACAAUAAUUGGUUCAGUUUCAACCAAUACAUUAACUUAAUUGUACAUGACCACCUCUCAGAGCCUGACUUUAUUGGAGCAGAAUUUUCAGUACAUGCAUAUGAAAACAUGAAGACAUAUGUAGCAGUUAGAUGCUUAUAUAACUGAGUAUGUAUUCGUGGUGGCUUUGGUUCACCAUGAGAAGCAACUUUGAAUCAAAAGAGAGCUAUAUAAUGGAUUGCUGAGCUACAACAAAAACUUGUUUGACCAUCCAAGGUGACAAAGUCAGUAAUAGUAUUCCCUGUUUGAUUUAUAUCACCUGGCUUUGCAUGAAGCUGCUGCUGCUUACUGCUUAUUGCUUGCUGGCUCUGAUGCAAGACAGUUUAUCUUUAAAGUGAUUCACUGCUACUAUGCUGUCCAUCAACCAUAGCAAGGUUCGUAUAUCUACUAUCAUUCUGAAGUGACCUGACUAAUACACACUAGUUUUUAUUUGUUUGAGUUUACUAAAUACAUCAUUAUUGUGCUCUCUUUCACAUGUAUGCAGCACCCAAUCUUUCUUGAAGUUGUUGUCCCUUAAAUUUUUUUUUUUUUUUCUGGUGUAAAUAAUAAGAAUUUUACUGUUGACACUAUUAUACACUACAUACGUAAAAUCCUUGAUGUUUAAGGAAAAUAUGCCUGGUUAUUGCUUUUUAAUCGUUUCCCCUGAUACUUUCUUUUUCAUUUCUUAUUUGCAUUACCAUUCCUGCCAAAGGCCUUCAUUUUGAUUUUCAUGAUGAGUUCAUUUCCUUCUUUGGUUGGUUACCGGAGCUCUUUUCCAGUUGCAGUCUCUUUGUUGAUCACUUGAUUAUCGCCAGGUCAGUGCGGUAAUAUUUGCUCUCCAAGCUUUCCAAAGCAGCUCAUCUUCAAGCUUCGAUGCUGCAAAAUAUGAGAAAGCUCUGCAAUUGCUUACAACAUGCCAUUUAAAGGUCAAAUUCAUCGGGUAGAUUAUUGACAUUGAUGAUGAGGAUUUCUCGAUGAAACUACGAAGGGAAACAAUUCUUGAGAUUUGGCGAAUGUAGAGACCUAAAGUUAUGAGUUCAAGUCCAACUUCACUCGAUUAUACAAAAUCUUGAAGGGUCCAUUUGUUUAAUUAUUUUUCCUUAUUCUAUUAAUACUAUUUUCAAAAUACACGUUUGUUUCUCUAUUCUGAAAAUACUUUAUAUUUUAUUCAAUUAUUU